AUGGAUAAUAAUACCUAUAACUUUCACUUAACAGCAUUUGCCAAGACUAAGGAAAACCACCUCAUUCUCUUCUUUUUAUUUAUAUUAUUGUAUUUAACUGGUAUAUUGGGAAAUACCAUUAUAGUUACCUCCGUGAUCAUUGAUGCCCGUCUGCACACCCCUAUGUACAUCUUCCUUUGUAAUCUGUCUACUGUGGAUAUGAUUUUCAAUUCAUCAACGCUACCUAAACUGAUGGACAUUCUACUUUUUGGGAAUGACUCAAUAUCAUUCGCACAAUGUUUUACACAACUUUAUUUUUACUUGUUGGCAGCCAGCACAGAGGACAUUCUGCUGUCAUUGAUGGCAUAUGAUCGAUAUGUGGCUGUCUGCAAACCUUUACACUAUCAGCUGAUCAUGAAUAAAGCAAAAAUUGUCCUUCUGUUACUGGGUACCUGGGCAGUUGGAUGUCUCAACUCUUUGUUUUUAACUCUUUCAAUGCACCAGUUGGAUCUCUGUCCUGUUAAAACAAUCCAGCAUUUCUUCUGUGACAUUAAAGCUCUAGCAAAGAUAACUUGUAGCCACACACAGUUUUAUAUACUGCUCUACAUUGAAAGUGUUGUCCUUGGGCUCUUCCCAUUUUUGCUCAGCUUAGCAUCCUACAUUAAGAUAAUUGUUAUCAUACUCGGCAUUAGGUCCACCAGUAGCAGGAAAAAGGCCUUCUCUACCUGCACAUCCCACCUUGCUGUGUUAUUUGUCUUCUAUGGUGUCGCUCUGUGUAUGUAUGUGAAACCUCCAUCAGUUGAUUUUGAGAAGCAAGAUUUGGUAUUCUCCAUAAUGUAUACAGCAGUGACUCCCAUGCUUAAUCCAUUAAUAUAUAGUCUGAGGAAUAAAGAGGUAAAAUCAGCUCUGAUGAGGAUUUUUAGAGUGAAGAAAAAUAUCACGUAA